GAGCAAUACAACAUAUUAAUUAUUACAGUAUAUAACAAACCUCCUCAAGACAGAAAUCAACUUGAAAGUUUCCAUCAUAACAGAUCCUUAUAUAGAAUUACCAAACCUCAAAGGAAUCAGACAACUUCUCCUAUAAUGAUAUCAAAUUUCCCAUAUAAAACAACAACUUUUUUUUUUCAAGGAAAAUAAACAAAAUUACAAAGUCGGCAGGCAGAUUUGACUUACCCUACAAAUGUCAAAAGCAGAUUCUCCACCAAACAGUUAAAAGCUUGAUCUAUAUGACCUUGAGCUGCAUGAUAUCGACUUAGACAAACCCUCCCAAGAAUCGCUUUCGAGUUGAAACGAAGAUUAGAUACUGAAAGUUGAAACCUUUGGAUGAAAAGAAGCUACUGCUGCUAGUGCUACUGUUGUUAAAGUGACAGCCUUUUAGUAAAUGAAAGUCCAUUUUAAAUAAUAAAAACAACAAUAAAUGCUAACAAGUCGUAACUCGAGUUUCGUGUCACUACGAUUACAUUCCACCGCAACAUUUACGAACCGACGAUGUCACACAUAAAUGCUUCUAGUACAAACAUAUUAAAACAGAUUAAGUUUAUGGUUUAAGUAAGCAGAACGUUAGGUUUUAAUGUCAUAUGUAUAUAGAUUGAGAUUCCUUUAGUAAAUUUAGCAACAUUAUGCCACAUAAAUCCAUUCUCGAAAUGAAUCUUCGAGUUAAUUAUCUCAAAAUUAAAAGGACUGCUGCCUUUCUUUUCUUUUCUUUUCUUUUUUUGAAAAAUCAAUAACGCUAACUUAAUUAUUAAACCUGACAACAUAUAAUAUUUCAAAAAUAACAUAUUUCGACUAAGGAGCAUGGAUACAAAAAACAAAGCACGAGGACAUUAAAACAAAACAAUGCCGUCCUCAGUGACAUCGAAGACACUGCUUAUUGCGCGCAUCCUAAUCAGGUAACCGAUAAUUUUAAAGAGUUAUUCUUUCCGUUUCAUAUUGAGUUUCAUUUUAGAGAAUUUUUUUCGUUACAAAAUAAAUAUCGUUUUCGAUUUUCAAUGAAAAAUUUAUUGAUUUUAUGCAAAUUUUUUUUUCAUUGGUUGAAAUCUGGUAAGGUGUGUAGGUAAUAGUGUUCUUUAUAGAAAAUAUACAAAAUUAAUUGUUUUUUUAAUCUAUAUGCUGAAACCUAAAACGACACUUAUAAUAAAACAGAAGGAGUAUUAAGCUAGCCACAAUUUGGAAACAAGAAUAGCACUAUAUAUCAAUAUUGUUUGAAAACAUGGAUAACAUUUAAAAAAUUUAUGGUCUUUUAGCAAUAUAAAAAAAAUCAAUUUGUAAUCACUAUUUCAUCAAAUAUAUUCAGUUACCAUAACUCAAACAAACGUAAUAAAUCCCACUUUUAAAUAUGGAAACAAUAAAAAAUAACUAAUAAAUAGAUUUUGACAAAUAUAUGAUACAUCUGCAAUGUAAAUUUAAAAAAAAAAAAUAUAGAACACUUUAAAAGGAAAACAAAUAUAAAUUUACAAAACAAAAAAAAUUAAUACCGCAAUACAAUUGCACUAUAAAAUGGUGAGGCAUCUAAAAUAUAUAAUAUUCAUAUGAAAACUAUAAAAUAUUAUAAUAUUCUUAAUUAUGUAACAGUUAGACAUGAAAUAUUAUAACUUCUCAAGUCCACAUCCUAUUGCAGUUACGUGACAUGCAGACAUAUUUCUGUUAUAUAUGAUUAAGUGUCUCUUUGAAUAGAAAAUUACCAUCGUUUCUUUCUUUAAGUGUUUCAUAAAUGAGUUCUAAAAACAAUUUCACAGUUUUGUUAAGUAUCUUUAUGAUCAAAAAAUUAUUGUCUAAAAUUAAUUUCGAAUACUUUACAUAAGUAGAUUAAUAUUAAUUUUUUCAACAUAGAUAUGGAAACCACUAUAUUUUGACAAGAUCACAUUUUUAAAAUUUGUAUAUCUCUUCAAUCAGAGGAACCACCAUAUUUGAAAUCUGUAUUUAUCCCAAAAGAAUAUAUUUUCUAAAGGUUCGAUUUUGAUUUUUCGGUUUUAGAUAUAUAGUUACCACUUAGUUAUUUGUGAAUAUCAAUUUAGUUGUGAGUUUUUUUUUGCUUUGGUUUUGAUUCACAGUUGGUUCUCGGUUUAUAGUUCCAUGUCUAACUAGGCUGCUUAAGUGUUUUUUUUCUUUGGUUAUAAUUUGUACAAUAUCACGUCGUAGAACGGGUUAUAACCUAUAAAUAGAAAUAAAGCUUUGUAGUAUAUGUUUCAAAUAUUUCCACAAACUCAAUGCUAAGUAUAUCAGAUCUGUACAUAUCAUUUCGGGUAUUUAGGAUUCAAAAAGAUUUGAAUUAUCUAAGAAUAUGAAAAUACCCAAAACAUGAAAAAUAUUUAAACUCCAAAAUCCAAAAAUAUUUAAAUACCUAAAAAUAAAAAAAAAUUAUUUGAAAUAUGACCCGAUGAACCAAAAAAUACCCAAAAUUUUAUCUGACUAUCCAAUUUUUUUUAAAAAAAAAUCAAAUUUUACCUGAAACCCAAAACUAUUGUAAAUCCAAACUCAAAACUUAAUUAUAUGUAAUACCAUAAACAUAUUCGAAACACUCUAAUAUACUUAAUAUACACAAAAUAUUUCCGACUGGGUCUCGGGUAGGAUUCAAACUCAAACAAAGACCCGCAGGUCCAAAAGAAAUAUUUAUUAGGUAAUUUUCUCUGAACCCGGAUCUAAACCAAACUAUGUUUUGAGUCGGUUUUGGUUUGGUCUUUGGUCCAGAUUAAAUGUCAAGGUCUAAGAGAAAGUAUACAAAAUGUACUUAUAAAAUCUUAAAUAAACUACUCAUAGAAUAUAUAUUUUUCAAAAAUUCUCUUCUUCAAAAUAAUAUGACUUUGUAUUAUAAUAUAAUCUUAAAAACUCGCGCUUUCGAAGCACAGAACAAAAUCUAGUAUUGUAUUAUCAACCAAAAGAGAAGCAUAAAUUAUCUUUUCUUAUCCAAAAGGGUGAAAAAGGAAAAAUAGAACUAGUGUUUCAGAAAAAAGGAAAAGAGAAAAAAGGAAAAAAAGAACUUACGGUUUUACUAAUUCUAUUAGGCUUCGGAAGAAAAAAAACUAUAUAAAUAAGUUACAAUCUCUCCAAAAACUUCUCAGUCCUCACCAAGAGCCUAAACCUAAAACUAACUAAUAGAAGAAUAUGGAUGAAUCAAUGAAAAGAAGAAGAGUUUGUUCUGAACGUAGGAAUGAGAAGAGUAAGGAGGUGUCGCUGUCGUCUGGGUUAUUGUCGUUGCCUGACGAGGUGGCUCUGAACUGCCUGGCUCAUGUCUCGAGAUUAGACCUGGCGGCCUUAGCCGUAGCCUCCAAGUGUCACCGGUCUCUUGUCGUUUCCCCUCAGCUUUGGGACCUGAGAGAUCGUAAGGGUUCCAUUGAGCCAUCUCUCUAUGUAUGCUUGCACAUCCUUCCUGAACCAAACCCACGUUGGUUCAUCCUUAACCCCAUGCAACGUCGGUUGAAACCCAUUCGGUCGAACCGCUAUGAGGAGGCUCACUCGUUAUCCUCCUUCGUGGUGAUUGAUUGGGGAAUCUUUAUAAUCGGUGGAAUCAGAAACGGCGAACCCACUUCUGAUGUGUUUUUCCUUGACUGUUUCGAGCACUCAUGGAACCGUCUCCAAUCUAUGUACGUGCCUCGUGCUUCCGCAACGGCAUGCCUGAUAGGCAAGAAGAUAUACGUGUUUGGAGGGUGUGGAUAUGAAGCUGAUUCUUUAAACUGGGCAGAGGUAUUCGAUCUCGAGACCCAAACUUGGGAGGUGUUGUUUGUGUUUACCCCCAAAAUGCCCCUCAAUAUUGAACAUAGUGUGGUGAUAGAUAAGGAACUGGUUUACGCUGUGGAUGAUGAGGGUCAAGACUUCUCCUACUCACCAAGUAAAUGUUUAUUUUGGACAAGCGGGAAGACAGAUUCCAAGCCGGGACACAGAAGUGAUUGGUGUGUCAUUGGUAAACUAUUGUUCUGUCGUGGUACUCGCGGGAGAAUACUAUGGUGUGAUCCAGAGGAUGGGUUUGAUUGGGAGGAAGUCAAGGGGUUGGAAGACUUCCAAGACUCUUUUUGUGGUUCGAUACAACCGUGGGGGUUGGGGAAGACCAAGGUCCAGUAUGAUAUCAACAAACUCUGCACCGACCCCGCUGGGAACAUUGUCAUCUUUUGGAACAAUCCUGAUAGUUUGGAACUUUGGUCUGCUGUUAUUUCCUUGGAGUCAUGCAAUGGGGGACUCGAGAUUAAGGGAAAGAUUGAAUGGUCCGGUGCUGUCUUCAAACUUGAUCCUCUCUCAAAGUCGUCAUAUAGCGUUAAUGUCUUAUAUUCUGCUUAUGUCAAUGCCUGAAAUUCUCAAAUAUUUGAAUGUUUUAGAUGUAUCUUUGUGUUGGGCAGGCGUUUAUUACUUGGAGUGUGAUUUAUAUAAUUAUUCAGUUAGAAAUUGAAUUUCCUGAUUUUUGUUAUGUGGUCGAGACAAGUGUAAGAAUCAUGUGACUAAUGAGUUUUCUUUUCUGAUCCAAGAAAAAUCUUUAAAAAAAUUUAGAACAUGCUUUGUUUUAAAUAUCUUCAGUGCAAAUAAACCCUCAACGUUUUCAAUAAUAUACUCCAAAACCCUAAAAAAAUAAUACUUAAUAUCUACAUGCAAUAUAGUUAAGAACAUCCAAAACAUGUUCCAUUGACGGUCGUACCUUCCAGUUCCCCAUGGUGCAUCUUUGGAUGAGUCUGCCCAUUUUUUUUUGCUGCAUGCGUAGGAUAAUCGCUCUCAAGUCGGGGAUCAAUUAUUUUCCGAAACGAUCUAGUCCUAAUAUCUAAGCUGCUCUGACAUAAUACUCCACCUUUCGAACCAGUAAAAAGCUCAAGCAAGAUCGCACCAUAUGUGAAAACAUCGGUGAUCACUCCCGCAUGACCUACAUAGAUUACACAAUUGUCUUCAAGAUUUGAUUACGAAAGAUUAAUCAAAUUAGUAAAAUAAAAGUUAAGAUAUUAGUGUACCUAUCAUUGCAUAUUCAAGAGGCAGGUAUGUAGUUGCUAAAAAUGUCCCAUUAUCUCCGAUAAUUUUUUUUUUAAAUCAAGGUAAAGCAACUUUGCAUUGUAUUGCUGAUGAAAACAAAACUUUUAGGUAUUAAUUUCAAAGAUCAUUAAAAAAUAGAAGAAAAAUGUAAGUCAUUAACCUCGUCAAGCAUAAUGUUAUGCAUGUGGAGUUCUUGAUGUAUCGGGAUUUUCUUGAUGGAGUGGAGAAAUGCAAUAGCUUCUGCUACUCCAAUGGCUAUCUUAACCCGUGUUUCCCAAGGCAAUGUCUCCUCUUCUGUUGAGAGAAACAUGAAACCGUGUAUGUCAAGCAAGGUUAUCUAUACUGGUUUAUAGAAUGGACACAUUAGUUAGAGAACAAUAUUAACUUCCAAAUAUGUGAUCGUGCAAACUUCCUUUGUGCGAGUAUUCGAAAACCAAAAGUGAUUUGAUAUCUUCAUAACAGUAACCCAAAAGCUUGACCAAGUUGGGAUGAUGUAUCUCUCCUAGAGACUCCGCUUCUUCCUGCAACUCGCAUACUUAAUAAGUACCCAACGUGACAAUAGAUAUAAAAACAAGUGUAAGAAAUCGACAUACUUUGCUUAUCUUCCACACGUGCUUUGGCGGUGGACUAUGUUGAAGACAUUCCAUGACAGAAACAGCGACUUUUGUUUUAGUUCUUGAUGGUGCAGGUGUGGUGUCAUUGAUGUUCUGAAUCUUUUUGUUGCUUUCUUCAGUUACUUGGCGCUGAAGACUCCCAGCUUCUCGUUUUCUCCCUCCUCUUUUCACACACAAAAUAUAUGUUUAAAUUUGAAUUACGUAUAUACAGAUUUUUAUAAGUUUGAGCAGAAGUAAAAGUUAUUAAUAAGAGAGAUGUACCCAAAAAUGGAGGGCUGAAAAGAGGCUUGUAAAGAAAUGAAGAAUGUUGUCUACGAACCUUUAGACCGUUUCCCAUUGUUGAUGGAUAUGAUAAAUCUGUAGAUUUUGGUUUCAAAUUUUUUACACAUCUGUAGAUAUUUGGGGGUGUUUACAAUGAGGAGAAAGAAGUUUGCUGACUAAUGUCAAACAGAGGAAAACAAGCAUCCACGAUAGUAUUCACUACAACUCUACUACUAAAUCCAUUUAGGGCAAAUUUGGACUUACAUAAACAAAAACAAAAACGCGUUUAGUUCAUUUUAGUUUAGUUAUUGACUUAUUGCCAAGUAGGUUGAGAAAGCGAUGUUGUUUUGAUUUUUCUUGGGGGAAAGAUCUACGGUCCCAAAUUCAAGUCCAUGUCAUAAACUGAAGCGAAUGCUUUCUACGGCCUAAUCUGAUAUAUAUUCUUUUUAAAAACACUUAUUAAUUUUUAUAUAAAAUAUUUUGUACAACAAAAAGUCUCUCUCUUUCAAAAAAAAAAUUCUCUCUUUCUCUUCUCAUCUAAAGCAGUAACCUAAAGUUUGACCAAGUUUGGAUGAUAAAUCUCUCCGAUGGACCUAAUUUCUGCCUGUAACUAUAGUUUUUGUGCCCACCAGAUACAUAAAUACAAAUGUAAAGAAGAACCCUAAAAGAGAGGCGGAUUUGAUCUUCUUUGGAAAAAAACUAUAUGGGCCUAAUUUCAGUACAAGCCCUUCCGCUUUCCGUUUAUGGAUUUUGCAAUUUAUGGGAUCAAUGUGGAGAAAUGUUUCUAGAAAAGGAUAGGCAUAAAGUGAAAAUAGUGAAGUCUGUGAAGACCUUCGCAUGUGAGUCACAUACACACGAGGGUCCUUAAACAUUGAUGAGCUUAUCUUCCUUGUCUCUAUUAAUGCUCUUAAAUAAGUUCCCAACUAAUAUUUGAUACCAAUUUUUUUUUCUUGUGUAACUAAGAGAGUUUUUAAUCUAUAUAUAUGUCCAUGAUAGUUCUAGAGAUGAUGCAGUGGACAAUCAUUCAGACUCAAAUCCUUUUACAGUAACACAUUUCAUACUAUUAGAUAUUUUCAUUGUUUUUGGUAUUGGGGUCAGAUUGUCUAUGAGUUAAUUUUUCUAUUAUGAAGAAAAAGUUAGAUCCGACAUAAACUGAAUUUUGUUUUUGAAGUUUGUCAAAACCAUUAAGGAUAGAAUAGUAACUCAAAUCAUUUGUGGUGAUACUAUGGAAAUAAAUUCGAAAUCAAUCAUUAAAUAUGACUGGAUUAUUUUAGCAAAAGAAAAAAGAAGAAGAUGGAGGUUUCAGUUACCAUAUACUAAUUAACAUACUGAAGUUUCUCUUUGUUUCUUGGGUUAGUUUAAGAGAGACUGAGAGAGGGCAGUGGCUCGAUGCCUCGAUGCAUGUUGGCACGUGAUUCAAAAAUCGGACGUGACGGUCGUGGUUUUGGAUUUUUAUGGGAAGGCCACGUGCAUGGUGUUUACGCCGCCGUUAAAAUAUAGUUGGAAGACAAUAUUUUCCUCCGUCACGGCCUGAGAAGUUUGACGGCGUCAACUGACAGAGUCAAGUGGACGCUAAACGCCACCGGAAAGAAGCAGAUGAGUCGGUUCACGCUCACAUGCCACUCUUAACAUACUUCAUCGCUUAAUGCACACACGUUUCCAAACGGGUCAAAAAAUCAUUAGUAUUUAUAUCUAUUUUCUUUCAAAAGUAGAUAUCUAGCUAGUGCACUUGUAGUAGUAAUUUUUAUUGAUGAAAACGUGUUUACAUGAUUGACUAAUAUGGGGGUUACUGCUUGUGGAAACUUUUAGAUGAAAGCUAACUAGCUUUUUUUUUUUGUCAACGAAAGCUAACUAGCUAAUCGUACAUGAAAAGAGUUUUGUACAAUAAUGCGGAUUAAGUUGAAAUUCUGGUUCUUUAGAGUGUUAUACGAGAGCGUUUGUCGGUUGGUUGGACAACAUUGUCUUUUCAUCGUCUUAAAAUCGAUCACCUGAUGGAAAUGGAAUGUGAUAGAUGAAAACAAAUGGGCUUACUGUAUAUUCGAAUAUUUUAAUAUAUUUAUCAGAUGUGAUAACACUAUUUCUUUUGCUUAGUUAAUAGAAAAUCACAUUGAUCAAUAAAUGUUGCCUGCUUUGUAAUAGCGAGAGAACAGGUGGAAUCGGGUAUGGGCCCGUGAAAUAGUUAAAAUAAGUUUUUCCAAAUAAAGAGGCUGAGACAGUCGCACGAUGGUGGCUUUAGCGCUCUGUUUCUCUCAUAAUCUGCCGUCUCCUUUUCAAGUGGGCCACAUUCCCUCUACACCGUCAGCCGUAGAGCCCCACCCACGUUCACUCAUUUACCCUUCUUGUCUCUUUGCUCAUUGAUCACCAUCUUUCUCGAACUAAGGAUCCAAAUGGUGACAGUGUUAACAAAAAAUAAUCGAAAAUAAACUAAGAGUCAAAUAAAUUAUAAGUAAAAAUAAGUUUCAUAAUUGCAAUUUUUUUUGUAAAAAUUAAAUGUAUAAUAUAAGCACAAUUCGUUUAUAUAGAAUUAUAAAAAAAAAACAUGAGAACGAGACGCAAUAUUGCAAUGGCCACGUUCCGGCCGACAUCGAAGACUGUUAUCCUACGUCCAGAUUUUAGCCGAACGAGGGCACAGCUGAACAGUCACCACAACUGAUUUUUUUUAAAUGGUGAAUUAUCAAGAAAGCCUGAGAAAAGACAACAGCUCACAUGUU